UUGAAUGAAGCGCCGCAGAAACGUGCAGGCAGCGGGCAGAAGGAAGCUGUGUGGGCCGCCGAGCGACCGACGCGCAGCGACACGACCCCCGGGCGCGUUGCGGUGUGUGUCGGUGAACACCGUUUAUCCGUCGAGCAGAGACAGUUGGCUCUCUCCCGGAGCUCCGCGUGUGAAUGAGGUUGAUGCUGCUCUGUUGCACCUGGAAGGACGAACGCAUGGGAGAGGAGGAAGCUGGAGGAAGUUUGCCCGUGUGCGCGGGAUGCAAACAGAGGAUCUACGAUGAGCAGUACCUCCAGGCCCUUAACAAUGACUGGCAUACCAUCUGCUUCAGGUGUUGUGAGUGCAGCGCCUCGCUGUCCCACUGGUAUUAUGAAAAAGAUGGCCGGCUCUUCUGCAAGAAGGACUACUGGGCCAAAUUUGGGGAGCUGUGCCAUGGCUGCAACGACCCGAUCACCACUGGCCUCAUUAUGGUCGCAGGGGAACAGAAAUAUCACCCAGAAUGCUUCACAUGUCUGAACUGCCGAUCGUUCAUCGGUGAUGGAGACACAUACGCUCUGGUGGAGAGAUCUAAACUGUACUGUGGUCACUGCUACUACCAGACCAUCGUGACCCCGGUGUCGCUGCCAGACUCGCCAUGCUCACGGAUCCCUCACACGGUCACACUGGUGUCCAUCCCGGCCUCCGCCGAUGGCAACAAUGGCCGCAAAGGGCGCGGUUUCUCCGUGGCGAUUGACCAGCCGCUAAGCCCAACCAACGGCUACAGUCCCGAACAUGGACACACCGUUAGAGUCUCCCAGGUGGAUGCCGACUGCAUCAGCCCAGAUGUGAAAAAUUCCAUUCACGUUGGAGACCGGAUCUUAGAAAUUAAUGGGACGCCCAUUCACAACGUUCCUCUGGAUGAGAUUGACCUGCUGAUCCAGGAAACGAGCCGGCUGCUGCAGCUCACCAUCGAACACGACCCUCACAGCCAGUCGGGACAGGAGGGAGGCUCUUCAGAGGCUGAGGACCAGGUGGACGGUCCGUUGUCCACCCCAAUUUCAGAAGGACCCCGCCCCAUCCUACCCAUCACCCAGCCCCCCAAUCCAGACAUCAGCAACCUGAAAUCCCGCAUCAUCACGCGAAGUUACAGCACUGAUAAAUCGCCUGGAUCCAGCAAUGCCGCGUCACCAAUCUCCCAGAGGAAGGACAUCAAUCGGUCUGAGUCACUUCGGGUCGUCUCAAACCGGACUCACCGUAUCUUCCGCCCAUCUGACCUCAUCCACGGAGAAGUGCUGGGGAAGGGAUGCUUUGGACAAGCCAUAAAGGUGACACACAGGGAGACGGGUGAGGUGAUGGUGAUGAAAGAGCUCAUCCGCUUUGAUGACGAGACUCAAAAAACAUUCCUCAAAGAGGUGAAAGUCAUGCGAUGCCUGGAUCACCCCAAUGUGCUCAAGUUCAUCGGAGUCCUCUACAAAGACAAGAGACUCAACUUCAUCGCAGAGUACAUCAAAGGAGGAACUUUGCGGGAAAUCAUCAAGAAAAUGGACUCAAACUAUCCCUGGAACCAGCGGGUCAGUUUUGCUAAGGACAUCGCUGCUGGGAUGGCAUAUCUGCACUCCAUGAACAUUAUUCACCGGGACCUGAACUCUCACAACUGUCUAGUCCGAGAGAACAACACAGUGGUGGUGGCAGACUUCGGGCUGGCUCGACUCAUGGUGGAUGACAAGAACGGGGAAAAGCUGACGCAGGGAAAGUUGUCUGGCCUCAAGAGGCCCGACCGCCGGAAGAGAUACACGGUGGUGGGAAACCCCUACUGGAUGGCUCCAGAGAUGAUCCAUGGGAAGAGCUACGAUGAGAGAGUAGACAUCUUUUCCUUUGGUAUCAUGCUCUGCGAGAUCAUUGGCAGGGUGAAUGCUGACCCCGACUACCUCCCCAGAGCGACGGACUUUGGACUGAACAUCUCGGGUUUCCUGGAGCACUACUGUCCCCCCAACUGUCCCCGCGCCUUCUUCCCCAUGGCUGCUGUGUGCUGUGACCUCGAUGCAGACAAACGGCCUGCUUUCUCGAAACUGGAGGAGUGGCUGGAGAACCUAAAGAUGCACUUGGACAUUGGUCUGCCCCUGAUGUCCGAAGUGGAUCAGCUGCACAAGGCCUUCUGGGAGCACCACAGCAUAACACGUCCUGAGAACGGCCUGCACACCCACCCCGAGCAGCCAGAGUAGGCCCAAGCACAACAGGGACAAGUGGGACGUUAUCAGUAACCCCCACAGGGGUGGCGACCACCUUGCCUGGAUUGGCGCAGUGGGCGGAGGAGUCAUGUAAAUACCCCUCCGUGUUUGCGGGAGCAGACUGGCUCAGGCUCAGUAAAUAGACUCAGGGGGAAAAAUGUCAAACUGAGAAAGCCACCUGCGUGAGACGCACACAUAUUGACUUUCAAAGUAAAAUCAAGAGACAUUAAUUAGAAUUGCUUGAUUCUGCUGCACCUGAAGCUAGAGUGGAACACGUCAUAUGCAAUCAGACCCGACUUUCAAAUCACAAAUCAGCUCUCGAAUCAUGUAGAUUUAACUUUAGAGGUCAUACCAGGUCAAGAAUACUUGCUGUACUUACUGUGGUGUGUAUGUUCAUGUGGAAAUAUAAUCCCCCCCCCCCCCCAGCCCUAAAAACAAUGCAUACAGCAGACCUUCACUUUAGGCAUCUACAGAAUAUAUUGUGCAGUAGGUGUUUGCAGGUUUGGUUUUGCUUUCUGUUUGGACAUCAAAGACUAGGGAGUGUGGGUGUGUGUGUGUAUGUCUGUGUGUGUCGUUUAGAGGUUUAGAUCGACUCAUGAAGCAAACCCUUUCAAGCUUUAAAUAGUUCACAGAAGAGCGCAUGACUGUAAAUAAUGCUGUCAGGUCAAAUCCUGGUUCUUCGUGUCCCUCUGACCUCAUUUGGUCACAAACCACUAAUCUACUUGUGUUGCUGCCCCUCUCCCCUAUUUCUUGUGUAGCACUGACUUUCACAUGGAGGUACACACACCCCUUUUUGGCAUAGAUUUGGUACGUUGUCUCUCAGUUUUAAGAGCUGUUGGCAUAUCUCAUCCGCACCGACAUUUAAACACUUAGCAGUGUACAUAACCUAUGACAAUGUAAAUGUUUUAAAUAUAGUAAAUGUACAGACAUAUUUUAUAUACGUACGCGACAUUGCCAUAUUUUUAUUGGCUGACCAGAAAUGGAGAGUAGAGGUUUGACUGCAGUUAAAAAGGCACAGCCGAAAGGUUUUUUUCUUCUCCCCCUCUUCUCUUUCUACAUUUCCACCACUGUGGCAGGUUUGGGGCUUUUACUGUUCGACGUAUGUGCAAUCUUAAUCCCUAAAACGUCAUUUUAAACCCCGUAAAUGUUACAUUUUUGUCUUUUCUCUCUAUCCGAAAAAGCAGCAGUCAACCUGGGAGCUUUUGUGUUGCCACAGAUGUCCGCUGGAAUAAACGUUAAAAUAAUAAUGGAUCAAUCUAAUCGCAUCAAAUGGCUUUAAACUAGCUGAAACUCUAAGACUACAUAUUGUGAUCAGCUCUAAUUAUAUGUGGUUUUGAGAGCAAUCAAACAGUUCUUAAGGGUUCCCUCUUCUCUCGUGUACUGUACAGUAGUUAAGGUACUGCCUCAUUAUGUCAGCUGUCUGUCCCACACCUCUGUCUCUUGUUUACAUGUAAACGCUGGCUGUAAAUAUCACUGUAUUCCUUCCAUUGUCUGUGUGCAUCCUCAGAAAUAAUCUCCUUUGCACCUUCUAACAUGAGACAUUUAUAUCUGUUUGUUUGUUUGUUUGUUUUAUUCCUGCUGUUUUCACAAGCUGCAUGAUAUUCUUGCUAGGUCUGCUCAGCUUCUGAACAGAGUUAUUUUUGUCUUUAUUUGAGAUUUAAAAAAAAUUAUAAAAGAAAGACAAAAAGUGUAAACAGAGUAAGCCGGGGUUUUAAAAAAAGGAAAAAACAAAACACAGCAUCCCUCUCUCUCUUUUUGUUUUUAAUAGCUAUAUACCCACUGAAAUCUUUUUGUACACAUUUGAGUACUUUUAUUUGCACUAUAUAACCAAGUGGCUAUUUAAAGCCACGUUUGUUAAUUUUUCUCUCUUGGGCUACUUGUGAUAAGGAAAUAAUGUCAGUUCAGGUUGAAAUAUGAAUGCAAGACACUGAUAGAGCCUUUUAACUAUAAAAAAUGGGAUCCGGGAAAUUCAUCCUCUCGAUAGCAAACUGUACCAUGUUUGGACCGUGCUUCUGAUUUAUUAUGAAGAUGCAUUUACACGGUUAAACUUUUAAAUACUGUUUUUUGGCAGGAGAUUCGUCAACCCCUCCUCUCAUAUAUUUGAGGUAAUAUUGCUAAUAGUUUCGUUUCAGCACCACUUUUUCUACCUAAAUAAACCUAAAGUUUCCGAGCUUUUGCUACCGUGAGGAUGAGAUGUCCCGGCUCUGCCUGCUGCCUACAGACCAGUCCUUUGCGAAUGAUGUUCUGUGUUGUUUCUGACUGCUUGUUCCAUGUAUGACGCCCACAGAGGAUGCAACCACUGCUGGUCUUUCUGACAAUAGAGCACUUCCUCACCUUUUCAUUGUACUCUUUUUGGCUCAGGGCCGUAAUAUUCUGGAGCUUUUUCUUGAUUCAGUUAAUCCAGCAGCUUCGCAGAAAACCGCUCCUCAGCACCGACACUGAGAAAACAUGUAAACUAUGUCAGUAUGUAGGCUCGUAACACAAAUGCGCUUCUGUAAAGUGAGCCCCUCCCAGUUUAUGUGUUCGUCCGUGGGCACAUUUUCUUUCUCCAUCCCUGUCUGAGCCAUGUUGAGCAUGUUAGGUGUGUCUGUGAGGAAGUGUUGAUGAUCGCCGAGAAUGUCGCCGCAGCACUUCUUUGCAAAGGAUCGUUACCUCUGAACAAUGCUGUGCCUUUGUUGUAAGCUAGCCUUGCCAACGAUUUGAAAACAUGAACUGAUUUCCCUUUUUUUAAUGUAUCAUAAGUGCAAGCCUGAUUCAAGUGGGUUGAUUUUCAUUGCUGAAACCACGUUGUAUGAGAUUUCAUCUUGUUCUGUAACGUAUUUAUAUUUUCCAGAUCUCCAUUGUUAGUUUUGAUAUUUUCAUAUUUCUUUUUUGUCUUAUUUAAUUUUUUUCUUUCUUUCUUUUUUUUUACACAAGCUGUGAAAACAAUUCUGCACUUUAAUCCUGAACGUUUAGACUCUGAGGAAGCAACUUUUUUUUCCAUUUUGUCACAGCUACAAAUAAAACUGUU